AGAAAACACACAUAUACCAGCAGAGGGAGAGAAGAGGGGAUUCCACAAGUAGAAUAACCAUGGAGACAGAGAGGCUUAGGUCAUUGUUUCUCCUCUGGUGCAGAAGUCGAACCACACGUGUUGCUCUUGUGGGUGGCAACCACACCGCUGCUAGGUUUUGCACUCGCUAAAAAACCGUCCUGUCUCCGCUGUUUUGGUUUUUGUCUCUUUUUUUCUCCUUUCACCAAUCUCUUGGUUUUUUCCAGCGACCUUUGGCCAUCAGAGGCACCCUUUAGCCGAAUUUGGCGAAAUUAGCGGAAUUAAGCUCUUUUGACUUCGUUCCAAAUACAGAUCCGGUCAUUUGACAUGGAAAUGGGAGGUGGGUAUCGACCCCAAAGUCAUAGAAUUUCAUUAAACGCUGAUACCCUUUUGGUUAUUAAGCUUCCGGAUCUAAGGUUCCUGCUUGUUUUGUCACGCUCGCUGUUUUUAGCGACGGUGAUUGUCACAUUGCCUUGGAUUAGGUCCGUUCUAACGGGACCUUCAGGUUCGGUUUUUAAUACCAUCGA